AUGACAGAGCUGGAGCGUAAUUCGGUACAAAGCUCUGCCUACUACUUUAACAAACAGUUACCUUUACAAACUGCACUUCCCUAUAAAGCUAUAUAUGAUCUUCCGCGUGUUGCGUGGGCGAAUUCAACCUCGAGAUACAUGCCCACACUUGAAGAUCUUACCGCCUUAUUUAUCAAGCGUGAAGUGAGAUUUUUAGAAGGUAUGGGAGCUACAUUAGCGCUAGGGAUAUUGGAACGGUCCAUGCUGAUCCAUUCAGAGGGCUGUACACCUCUUCUAUCCCCAGAAAAGAUUGUUGUUCCGGGCGACUAUCUGCCUCUUAUCCCAUACGUUCGGUCCCAGUGUACAGAGAUUUCCAUCAUUGAUGCCUUUGUACAAUUAGUUAAACGCAUCCAAUGCUGCAUACAGGAGAAGGAAGUAGAGCUACUAACAGAAAUUUGUGAGCAAAGUUCAACAUUGACCUUGAAACGAAUGUCUAAGGUUUUAUCCAGCUACUUUCACGGAAAAACCCCAUAUGACCUAAGGAAGGACACUGGAACGCUUUUUACUGCGGUAGAGCUUGGGCUGACAAGUGUCGAUGACGUGCGCAGCUUCACUAGUUGCUUCUCCAUGGUCCCUUUUGUCAUAGAUCUUUCCAUGAGCGACCAGGACGAUUAUAAUUCACAGGAGAGCCACAUACAGGCGCUCUCUCUGCAUGCUAUGUUGGGAGGCGAGGCCCCAAAGACUCCCACUCAGUUGACUAAUGGCGAUUCCUCGGCAAACUCUGGUAGAUAUGGAUGCACUACUAGUACUAGUGAAGAGCCACCUAUGAAAAAGACAUCAUUGGCUAACUCGCAUGAGCUCUUUCUUGCAGACUCGAAAAGAUAUCAGAAGCCGGUUGCCUUAGGUGGGAAAACGCCUCUCAUGGAUGCAGUGUACAACAAGGAUUCUGUGGCUCUCAACGAAAACCUCUCGUUUCUUGGACACGCAACAGAGAAGACCUUGGUCCUUGAUAUAGACGAUAAGACAGUAUCGUUUCCUCCGGGGACAACUGCGCUGAUGAUAGCAGCCAGAACAGGAUUCCUUGACGGAGUAAGAUUACUGAUCAGAGAGGUUCGCAUAAGGAAUAUGAGAGAUGAAACUGCGAUCAUGAUGGCGGCGAUUGGGAACCAUACUAAUUGUAUAGAGGAGCUCGUGCCGUACGAGGUACGGACUAGAGACAUGUAUGGGUAUACGUCCCUCAUGAAGGCAGCACAACUAAAUAACUAUGACGCAGCAAGAGUUCUUUGCCUUCACGAAUCGGGAUUGACGGCUCGCAAGCGUCGCUCAGCGCUUCAUAUGGCAGUAGAGAGAGCUAAUGUGGAUACAGUGCGCCUGCUUGCCAAGCACGAAGCAAGAAUUCCAGAUGCCAAGGGCGAAACGGGUCUACUGAUAUCCAUCACGAAGGCGAACAGGGACAUGAUUGUAGCAUUGGGUCCUCUGGAGGGAAAUAUACCUGCAUUGAACGGGCAAACGCCUCUAAAUCGUCUUAUGAAGUAUAAAAGCAAGUUUGCGUCUACGGAAGCUUACGAAGAAUGCCGGAACGCCAUCAUGCUCUGCGAGAAAAAGCCAGCCAAGGAUCAAAGAAAAGACUGA